CCUCUUUUGCUCUGGAUCUCUCUCUGUGUAUUCUGUACAUACCAAGCCAAGCCUCACAAUGCUGUGUUUACUAAACCAAGUGGCUUAGAAAUUUGCAGUGAUGUCGCUGUUCCCAGACCUCCCUCGCUGUGGUGGACAUGCUCUGUGAGGCAGUGCAGCACUCAGACAGCUCUGAUGGCAGAGCGGAGCAGGUGGACUGUGUAAAAGGAGAGACCAGCAUCACCUGUUAGGGGAAAAUAGAACAACGAAGGAUUUAAAAAAAAAAAAGAAAAAAGAAGGAGGAGCAGAGUCUUUGGAAAGCUGAGGUCUCGCCUGUGUCUGCCCACCCCUGCUCUCCCUCAUAUGCACACACGCACAGACACACUCUCCCCUUGCCUCUCCCUUCUUCCCUCCCUGUUUGUCUCCUCCACUCUCCGAUGCUGGUGUGGUGAACAGCAGGACACUCGCUCUAAGCUGCAUGGAGGCACAGGGAGGGGCAGGGAGCCCAGAGCCCAAUAAAGACAUCCAAAAGCUGCUGAAACCCUCCAGCUCAGGAGACCUAUCCAAGGAGUUGUUCCAGCACCCAGCAGGCGAGGAGGAGGGCAGCCUGUCAGGGCAUACUGCUAGCCUGCUGCACAUCACUGAGAAGAGACAACCACUGAGCAGUGUAUCUUCUUUAGAAGUGCACUUUGACCUCCUGGAUCUGACUGAGCUGACUGACAUGUCUGACCAGGAACUGGCUGAAGUCUUUGCUGACUCUGAUGAGGAAAACCACAACGAGUUCCCAGAAGGUUCCCAGCAGCCUGUGCUGCCCAGAGGUGGGUACAUGCGCUCCCCCUCAUGGACGCGCUGCAGCAAAGUCGAGUCCCCUCGAGAGAGAAAGCACCACAGCGACUCAGACACCGCAGAGCCCUUAAUGAAGCUGGAGAGGCCGAAGCAGCCAUGAUACCUGAUGUGAAACAGCCGGACCGCCGAGAGAGAGGAAACCCAGAGCCAGACAGACACAGCCAGAAUGGGAACACAAAGCGGACCAAGGGGCCCCCAUCUGCCACCGUGCACUCACAUAAUGUUUCAUGGUGCUGAAUAGACGAGUUCAGGUUGAACUCUGGACACUGUGCUCUGUACUUUAACUUAAGAUGUUGAGAUGUGCAAUACACACUCUCCUUCUCUCUCCCUCUCCUCCCUUUCUUUCUCUCUCUCUCUCUCUGACACACACACAAACACACACAAUCAUUACGUUGUUCAUGCAAGGGGUUAUCGAUGCACCCUGGGCUGCCAGAAGAUUUCCAGCGUUGUUUUUGAAUGAUAGACAGGGUAUGAGGUCAGCAGAGUAACAGGACCUCCAUGCUUACAGCCUCAGGGUGGGAAAUAGCAGCCAAACAUUGAGAUUGGCACUAAAAGUUGUGUCCACAGUGUGAGGCCAGACCUUCCAUGUGAGGUUCAGACACUGGUAUUCAUAUUGAAUUACCAGGACAUGAGCUGAAGCAUUAAUCAAUGAAGCUGUUCAAAAUAAAAUAUCACGCUGAGGCUGUUACUUAAUGUGCUGCUUGAAAAUGUGACCGGGUUUUCUUUUGCCCGUAAAUAAGAUAACCUAAGUGGUGGGUUUCAGUGAGGCCAAGUUCUAUCUAUCAGACCUUCUCCAUCUAAGCAAUGAAUGUGUGUUGUUAUUUUAAAUACCUAAAUAAAAACAUUGCACUUCUCUCACUGAAUUGUAUUUCCAGUGCCCUCCAGAAUUAUUGGCAUUUGGUGCAGAUGACUAAAAAGAUAAACAGACCAAGUAGCAGCUUGGACUAUUUAAUACUUAAGUUUUUUCUCCCAGCAUUUUUUUUAGAUCAACUUCUUCACUUCUUUUUGAAAAUGAUGGCUGCCACAACCACUGCUGCUAAGUUAACUGGAGCUAGGUAUGUAAUCCAAAGUUGGUGGUCAAAUUCCAUUAAGAGACAUGCAUUAACUAGAUGGGCAAUACUUGGAGCUUGAAAUAAAGGUGGAUUUGCACCAUUGUCAGGUGGAUUUGCAAGGAUGCCAAAAAUACAACAAAGUGCCAACAAUUUUGUAAUCAUCUUUUAUAAGAUGAAUUUAACUUAUGAUGCAAUAUUUCUCAUCUUUCUAGUAAAGGGAGAGCUGAUUUCUUGAUUUAUUUAUCUCACACUAAGCUUGUCUAUACCAGGAGUGCCAAUAAUUCUGAAUGCUGUGACACGAUGGAUCGAAAGUGACGUGGUGGAAGAGUAAAUAAAAGUCGUAAAAAAGUC